UAUUCCCGCCCUGAGCCCUCUGUCCUGUAGUCCGCCGGAGCUGACCUCGGGAACGCAGUCCGGGUACUUGUGCAGGCAGCGUGUCUUCACGCAGUUGGACAGAGAGGGAAGAGAACCAUGGAGAAGCAGCCCAGCUCGCUAGUGCCCCUGCACUGGUUUGGCUUUGGCUACGCAGCACUGGUUGCCUCUGGUGGGAUCAUUGGCUACGCGAAAGCAGGUAGUGUCCCGUCCCUCGCUGCUGGACUUCUCUUCGGGGGGUUAGCAGGCCUGGGUGCAUAUCAGCUCUCGCAGAAUCCCAGGAACGUUUGGGUUUUCCUAGCUACAUCUGGGACCUUGGCUGGCAUUAUGGGGAUGAGAUUCUACAACUCCGGGAAAUUUAUGCCUGCAGGCUUAAUUGCGGGUGCCAGUUUGCUGAUGGUCGCCAAAGUUGGAAUAAGUAUGAUCGGUUGACACCAAUUUAAGUCCUGUCCCAGCUGAACUCAAGAAGAAUUAAAAGUCUCUAGACUUCUACUAUUUUUAUUGUAAAAAAUAUGUGUAAGACUUAAGUGUUUUCACGUAUUCUCUCCUUUUACUUUAAAACAGCAGCACUGAACUAUGCAGGGAAAAAAUAAACCUGUCAUUAUUAUUACUGCCCUACAGAGGUGAUUAUAUACCACCAAGUCAAUGUCCACUCAUAGAGCUGUCCCUGUGAGUUUCCAAGAAUAAAUCUAUGGGAGUAGAAAGCCCCAUCUUUCUCCUGGGGAAGUGGCUGGCUGGUGGCUUUGAACUGCUGACCUUGUGGAUCACAGCCCAACUCGUAACCAUUACAUUACCAAGGCUUCCUGUUAGAUACCCUGAGAGCUUAUAAUUAAAGCAUCAAACAAUUUGAUUCUUGGAUAUUGAUGUCAUCUCUUUCAGUAAUUAUAUUCUGAAUUACAUUCUCAUUGGGCAAAAUGUUAGGUGUCAACAUUUGGGGGCCCUGGAACUCUAUGUCCCUACUGGGUGGAGAAUUUUGAAGAAAUCUCUUAUCAGAUUGCAUAUAAUCAUUGUUUUCUCACCUUACAACACAGUUAAUUUUGAAUUAUGUUACCUGAGAUGGAAAUAAAUUUUUACUCUGAA